CGUAUUAAUGCAACAAGCAAUCUAAGCAUUUCUCCUUGUUCCUAAGGAUUCUGAUUUCACAAUCAAAAACAUACCUUUUGGCGUUGCAUCCAAAGCCAAUGGUAAUCCCUUCCCAGCUACCAUCAUAGGUGAUUCUGUGAUUAAUUUGGCCAAACUCGAAGACUUGGGGUAUUUUAAUGGACCUCUGUUUUCCACUUUGGGAUCUAAGGUCUUUGACAGCGGAAACCUUAACAAAUUUGUUUCCCUCUCAAGACCGUAUUGGAAAGAAGUCAGAUCUUAAAUCUAAACUCUAUUCUCAUGUGGAAGCCAAUUAGAAAAUAAUUAAGAAGCUUUGGCUGAGAUUCUUACACCUGUUCAAGAUACCAAAAAUCAUUUACCUAUCACAAUUGGAGAAUACACUGAUUUUUAUUCCUCAAAGAACCACGCUUUCAAUAUGGGAUCUAUAAUCAGGGGUCCUGAUAAUGCUAUGCAACCAAAUUGGUACUAUUUACCUGUAGGAUAUCAUGGAAGAAGAUCAUCAAUUGUUGUCGAUGGAACAGAUAUCAGAAGACCAUGGGGAUAGGUAAAGGCUCCAACAGCCGAGAAGCCUUCUUUCACAAAAUGCAAGAGAUUGGAUUAUGAAUUAGAAAUUGGAGCUGUAAUUGGUGGAGCACCAAAUAAUUUGGGAGAGCCUGUUAAGGUCAAUCAAGCUGAAGAUAGAGUCUUUGGGUUUGUUAUUCUAAAUGACUGGUCUGCCAGAGAUGUUUAAGUGUGGGAGUAUGUACCUCUUGGUCCAUUUGGAGCCAAAAAUUUUGCAUCUACAAUUUCACCUUGGAUUGUGUCCAUUGAAGCUUUAGAACCAUUCCGAAUUCAAUUGCCAGAACAAGACCCAGAGCCAUUCGUCUAUUUGAAAGAGAAAAAUCAUACAUCUUUCGAUAUUAAUUUGGAAGUGCUCAUUGGUACAGAAAAGAGUCCAGAACUAGAGCAUUUUACUACAAGCAAUUUCAAAUAUAUGUAUUGGAGUGUGAAUUAAUAAAUUGCUCAUCAUUCCAUCACUGGUUGUAACAUUUAACCAGGAGAUCUCUUUGGAUCUGGAACAAUCUCAGGAACAACCAAGGAUGGAAGAGGAUGCUUAAUGGAAUAUACAUGGAAUGGAAAGGAGCCUUUGGUAUUGAAAUCAGGGGAACAAAGAUUAUUUUUGGAGGAUGGCGAUGUCCUUGAAAUGAGGGGAUAUGCAGGAGAAGGAGAGAAUCGUGUCGGUUUUGGGAGAUGCAAAGGAAAGAUUUUGCCUGCUCUGGAUGAGGCUUAUUUCUAAUCAUGAAAGUUAAUUAUUAUCAAUAUUAAAAUUUAUAUUUAAAAA